CAGUUCCCCCGUAGCUGAUGCACAGUGUAUUCGUGCCCAGACAAAACUUGCUUCAUGCGCUGGUUUAAUAUACACCACGUCCACGCUGGCCGUGAAAAGAAGAGGAGCGGAAGAUUUCCGUGAUAGGAAUGCACAUGCACAGUUUGACGUGAAUCCCGAUUCCCUUCAACGGCGGAGGAGGACGUGCCAUCGUUUCACAAACCCCUUUUCUUCUUUUCAAAGGUGUAUACCUCCCACCCCGCCCCACCACGGCCCUCACCUGUGUGUUGCGGUGCUUCCCCUGUGAGCCGACCUGGGCCGGCAGCCCCUUCUUGCACCGCCCGCCGACCCGGCCCAUGGUCACCAUGACGCGCUCCAAAACCUUCCAGGCGUACCUGCCCAGCUGUCAUCGAACUUACAGCUGCAUCCACUGCAGAGCACACCUCGCCAAUCACGACGAGCUCAUCUCCAAGUCUUUUCAAGGAAGUCAGGGCAGAGCGUAUCUGUUCAACUCUGUGGUGAAUGUGGGAUGUGGUCCUGCUGAGGAGAGGGUUUUGCUCACUGGGCUUCACGCAGUAGCAGACAUCUACUGUGAAAACUGCAAAACCACGCUGGGCUGGAAAUAUGAACACGCCUUUGAGAGCAGUCAAAAGUACAAGGAGGGGAAGUUCAUCAUCGAACUCGCCCACAUGAUCAAGGAUAACGGCUGGGAAUGAACAGACGCCCGGGAGAGUCGAAGCGGAUGACGGGUGGAUGGUGAAUGCGUGGGUGGAUGACUGACUUUGGUUUGCCAUUACCCUCUUAAACCCCUCCAUCUCCUGCUGACACACAUGCACCUCGACCCCGGGGGCCCACCCGGACUGGUAUCAGGAGAAAGAGAGGGCCGCCCCGGGUGGGCUUUGUGUGUCUGGAGGAGAACGCGUGCACGUGCGUGUGUCCGCCCCACGACAGGUGGGAGCACACUGAGAAACAUGAAUGCACACACGAGGUGUACAGACAUACUUGUAUACACAUAAAGCACGUCACGCUCAUCUCUGCUCUACUGUUUCUACAAGAAGCGGCUCUAUUCAUACGUGUAUAUGACAUGAGGCAGGGCUCAGAGGACACGCUGCGUUUGGCAGAAUCAGGGUCACGAGGGCUGAUAGGGCUUUCUCCACAUUGUGUUAGUGAGAAACUGCCAGGCUGACCUUUUGGAAAUUCAGCUGAUGAUGGCACCAUCUGCCCCAGCGUGGAGGCCUGGCACGUGCAGAAGGCAGGGAGGGGCCGGGAGGGAUCUCUGAAUGGGGCUCUGAUGGACCAACUUAAACCAAUGGCAGCCUGCGUGAGGUCUGCGAAGGGUUCAGAUGAAGUGUAUCCGUCCUGCUUUUAAAGAGAUAAUUCACACAAAAAUGAAAAUUGGGUUAUAAAAUAAACUUUGUUAAUUCAACCUGUUUGGAAAUUGAUUGAAGAAUACCCGGGCCAGUUUUUUAGACCAUGAAUGGGACUGGGACCGAAAAUGACAAAAUCAACAUAAAAGCAUCAUAAAAAUGGUUUGCACGAUAUGUGGGUACAAACAAAAAUCAGUUAUUGAGCAAAUAUAUACAAAAUCUUUAUAAUGAAAAGUAUAUAAUAAAAAAUAAAAAAAAUAAACUUUACAAUAAUGAUUUGAAUCAUAUGAGCUGUCAGGGACAAUUUUAUGGAAAAUGCAAAACCAUAGUAGGUUGACUACCCUAGUAGGGAAAAUUUCUUUGUUCUUUUGAACACAAAAGAAGAUAUUUUGAAGAAUGUAGGAAAGCAAACAGUUCUGGGGCACUUUUCACUCCCAAUGUCAUUUUUCCUACUAUGGGAGUCAAUGGUAGCCAAGAACUGUUUGGUGACAAGCAUUUUUCCGAAUAUCUUUCUCUGUGUUCAUCAGAACAAACAAAUGUAUACAGAUUUGGAACAACGUAAGGGUGAGUAAAUGAUGACAUAAUUUUUCAUUUGUGGGUAAACUGUUCCUUUAAGUUAUUUUUGGCUGAAAUCUUUCACUUUUACUAGCUGUUUAAACUCGAUAACCAAAUCAAGCCGAUUCAUAAAAAUAUGAAUCUAUACCUAAUUAUUUAAUAAAUAAAUAGAUUUCAAUUUUUGUUGAAUUAUCUCUUUAAUGUAAAAAGCAUCUCGUUGACUUUGGGAAGAUGCAGCCCCUGCAUAUUAACGUCAAUGUAAACCUUAAUGUAUAGCAGUUUGAGAAACGUGUUGUCUGGACAUCUUUGUGUCUGUGCUCCAUGUUAACAGUUUGUGCUGGUCCCAGUUUCAAGGUGUUUAUUUGUACCAAGUGUUCUUGCUGUUAGUGAACUCUUUUGGGACUAAUAAGAUGAGGUAAGACUGUCGACUCUGCCUCUCCUUUAGAUUACUAGAAUUAAAAAAACAAACCACUCAUGACAGCUCCUCUGUGCCCAAGACAACUGAAACACACUUUAGUGUCAACAAAAUUAACCAAAGACCCAACAGAAAAUUAGUUGACCAAAUAAGAAAUUGCUUUUUUAUUUGCUUGAAGCAGAAAAUGGUGACGUGAGAUUGUCGAAAGGUGAUCUUAUUGACAUUUUUCUCUCUAAAUUUGUUUUAUUUACUUGUUGAAAUGAUGUGUAAAAAUAUACAGUAUGUGUGUAUAAAACUAUUUAUUCACAAUUACAGCUGAUUUUCAUGUGUGUCAGGGACUAAAUUGUUGCAUUUGUUUUAAAUUUUGAUUGUCAUCUUAGCAUUAUCAAACUUGAUGUCUGGACACCAAAUUUACUACUUUUGUACUCUAGUAGGACGUUUCAACUGUAGUGUAUUUUAUAAAUGGAUGAGAGGAUAAUGAUGUUGUGGAACUCCCAUCGACAUUGAUAUAAAAUAUCAAUAAAGUUGACAUAUU